AUUCCAUAUAUAUUCAUAUUCUUAAAGAUAAAUAAGAGAUGUUGAUGAAUCAUGUUGUCAGAACACAAAACACUAGGUUUAGGGCGGUACAUUACGACGAUAGACAUCACAAAACCAGCAGAAUCUUCGUCGUACAAGACACGUCGACCCACCAAUUCCUGAGCAACCGCCACUUGUACCAUAACCGCCAACUCAACACGAAAACCACCUCGGAACUCACUCCCACCCCCGUCACUUUACCCUCUCCAAUUCUCACCAGUCACCACCAUAUCACUAAUAAUCAACACCCACGCUCACAACAAGAUUCACUACUACUAUAAUCAAGAAAGUAAAAAUGUCGGGUGGGGUUGGUCCAACUUGUGACAUAACUCUCCCGAAAGAAGAACCGCCGCACCAACCGGACGACGCCUCCGCCGCAAAACCCCCCGCUCGCCGGACUUUCUUCACUUUCCGUCAGCUCAACGCCCUCGCGGUAGCCAUCGUCCUCUCCGCCAGCGGCAUGGUCAGCGCCGAAGAAUUCGCCUUCGUCAUCUUCUCCGUAGCCUACAUCUACUUCAUCUCAAAAGUCGCGUUUCCACCCACCUCCCCCGUCCCCGACCCCCCUGUCUACGGCGAGAAAAACACGAUUCUAAGCCUGUACGUGGUGGUGGGAGCCGUGAUCGGGCUGUUUCUCCCCAUAGCAUACAUUUUCGAGGGCAUACUGGAGGGGGACAAAGAGGGGAUUAAGGCCGCAGCACCGCAUGUCUUCCUACUAGCCAGUCAGGUGUUCAUGGAGGGGCUAACGUUCUCUAGCAGAUUCUCGCUGCCGGUCCGCGUCCUAGUGCCGGUGUUCUACAACGCGAUGAGGAUCUUGAGUAUUAUGGAGUGGGUGAGAAAUGAAUUUUCCAAGGUGGAAUCGGGGUAUGGAAUUGGAGGGAGUUGGAGGAGAGUGUGGGUUGGGAGAGCACUGGCAGCUGUAAAUAUGGGGUUUUGGAGCUUCAAUUUGUUUGGGUUCUUGUUGCCCUUUUAUGUGCCCAAGGCAUUCAAGCUCUAUUACUCUAAUUCCAAAUUUAGGGAUUAGCAUUUGGAUUUUGGUUUUGAAGCUUGUGUUGUAGUUGGUUUGAUGAUGAUGAUAGUGUAUUUUGAUGGGGUUUAAGUA